AUGUUAUCUGCACAGUUGGUGUUCACCCUUCCGCUGGACAAAUGUGACGAGGAAGGCAGAACGUGUGAAAGGUGCCCUGCAGGUACGUAUCUGAAAUCAUGUACAUGUGUGCCCUGUUCUGAUGGAAGCUACACGACUGAUGAUAACAACUGUGAGGACAACUGCCAUCGCUGCUACAGAGACUGCAAACCAGAAUAUAAUUUGAAGGUGAUUCAAAAAUGCACACCCACAUCUAAUAUCAAGUGCGUCUGUGAGGACGGUUUCACGUGCACUCAAUGGACCUCAGACGGGCAGAACUGCAAAGUCUGUGAGAAAAUCCAAUACAAAACCACAACAGUAGCAGCAGCUGUAAUCACAAAUGAAGAUAAACAGACACCUUCCUCAGCUUCCUCAGCUUCCUCAGCAAGUACCAGCAGUUCUGCCGGACCCUGCCAAUUUCCCAAAUGUGGCCGUCAGCCUGUCACAUUGCCAGGAAAUGGCACAAUUUUACAAAGAGAAGAAAGGUACAGCAGUCACCUGGCAGCCAUCUUGUGUCCAGUGGUUGCUGUGGGAUGCGCUGCCUUUGUGAUCCGGAUCUGUCUCCGUUGUACCAGGGAUGAAACAUGUUUCAAGCAAGCUGUUGCUAAGGUGUGCAACAUGGGAGGCAGAGAUGCUUCUCACAAGUCGAAGGAGUCAACUCAUCAGUUCCCCAGAGACUCAUUCAGUGCAAGGCAGCAACCAUCGUCCCUUUCAGCAGCCAAUCUAGGUCCGGUCCACGUCCACAAUCCAGGGACGGUCAUCUUCAGCUUGCUUAGUCAGUUCACAGGCCAAGUUGGCGCAACCAGUGAAGUGGGGAAGACGGCUGAGAGAGUGAGCAGUGAAGAAGAUGACAAAAGCUGUCCUGAUUGUCAUCCCGCAUCCUCGCCCAGUGUUCACCUCUCCGAGGAGGAGAGGAGUGGAGAUGCUGAGAGCUUUAUUUUUCCCUCCCAGGAGCAGGGGAAGGACUGCCACAUGUCCAAAGAGGAGGCACUAUGAUACAUCUAAACAAAACAUCCCGGAGGAAUUGUGCUGUGGUAAUGCCUCCAGACUGUGAUAAACACGAUUUUAUUCAUGGAAGGAAUGGAAGAAAUGUGAAACCGCAGAUGACUCUGGAGCAGAUCCACCUUCCCCUGGAAAACUGGGGAUCUCUCUUUCUGCAGUGACAUUUCUGUCUGAAGGCUCUUGACAGACUCUGAACUUAAAUUCUAUGAAGCACAGCUGGGGGGUGAUCUGCUUUGUAAGUUAUUUUUUAUAAUCUAGUGUAAAUACUCUGUUUUCCAUAAUGAUAUGCGGCUGUUUAAUGUUAUACCUAAA